AUGGCAAACCGCCGUGCUGCUUCAGUUUCAAUCUUGUCGGUUUUCUUAUGCACAGCAUUCUGUGCUGCUGAAGCAUUUCCAUGGGCGUCAUGUGAUUGUGGAACUUGUCCUUCCGGCUGCCGACCGGAGAAACGCUAUUACGGCGGCGAAUAUUCAAGAUCUUGCCGAUGCACUUGCAACUGUAACCCUUCUUCUUCAUCUUUUUCUUUUCCACCAAACUACUUUAAACCUUCUUUUCCUUAUUAUAGUUUUCCACGUCCAUGGCAGUCUUAUUACACAACUCCAAACAACCCUACGCCAAUACCCACACCACCAGCAUUGCAGCAACCCACUAACCCAACUAUUAGCCUGCCGCCACCAAAAUCACCGCAGCCACCGUCUUUCUGGUAUCCAAGGCAACCCCAGCCGCCGCCGAGCAAUAACGAUGAGAAUUUUGGGGGGAGUGAUGUGUUUGGCUGCGCCAAUAUUGCGGUACCUUUUGGAAGGUGUAUGACCGAAAUUGGAAGCUUUUAUAGUGGGUCGAGGAGUGUGAAUGAAGAGUGUUGUGCUACUUUUCUUAUGUUUUCUAAAUCUUGUGCUGGGGGAGAUUACGCUCUUCCUCCUGGAGUUUUGCAAUAUUGUGGAGCUCAUUGA